AUGAUGUUUGCCGCGUUAUACCGUAUAUACGCCGGUUUUAUCAGCCCACCACCGGCCAAAAAGCGCGACGAUGCUGUUCGAUUCGGGCUUCUUGGCGCGUCUGCCAUCGCUCCUUUUGCGUUGAUCGCUCCUGCGAAAUCACACCCCGACGUCAUGGUUGUCGCGGUCGCAGCUCGAGACCAAGCACGCGCCGAAGCAUACGCAAAGAAGCAUGGUAUCCCUAUCGUUCAUUCCACCUAUGAAGACCUCCUUCAAGACCCCUCUAUCGACGCCGUCUAUAUCGCACUUCCGAAUAGUCUUCACUACGAAUGGGCCCUGCGCUCGAUCCGUGCCGGCAAACAUGUUCUCCUAGAAAAGCCUUCUUGCUCGAAUGCUGACGAGGCACGCUCCCUAUUCAACCAUCCCCUCGUCACAGCAGCUGGCGCACCCGUUCUCCUGGAAGCAUUCCAUUAUCGCUUCCACCCCGCGUGGCAGACUUUCCUCGCACGCAUCCAUCAUGACACCGUCGCAGGCCGGGUACAAAAUGCCUUUGUCGAGCAAUAUCUCCCGAAAGGCAUGAUCCCGGACAAUGAUAUCCGGUGGCGCUUCGACCUUGCUGGUGGCGCUAUGAUGGACUUCGGCACCUACCCGAUGAACUGUCUUCGACAGAUCUUCCAGCAAGAGCCGACCGAGGUUUUGGAUGUGAAAGUCCAAGGUCUGACGGCUCCACCGACUGACCUGCCGGAGUCCGAUCAAGUCGACCGGGCAAUAACCGCCAGUUACCGGACAGCAGAUGGAAUGAGAGGAACGCUAAUUGCGGACUUGGCGGCAUCAGGUAGGUGGCCACUGCUACCUAACUCGUGGACAAAAGCUCUCCCUCGCAUGGGGUGGCCGAAGUGCGAAGUUGAGCUGGAAGAAAAGGUUGUAGAGGAGUCGGGGGGACAGGUCCAUACCGUGAAACGGAAUGUGGUCUUUUGGAAUCAUCUGGGGCCUAGUAUUUACCACCGAAUUGACGUAGAAGAUACGCAUACGAUUCGACGGGGAGAGCAACUUGUGAAGACGUGGAAAGAAUCUAAACGAGAGAAGGCGUACAAGUUCCCAAGUGGGGACUCACGCGCCGGAAUUGGACAGGAUUGGUGGACAACCUAUCUUUAUCAGCUUGAUGAGUUCGUCAAUAAAAUCAAAGGCAGAGCAGGCUCGGGUGUUUGGGUCGAUGCGGGUGACAGCGUCAAGCAGAUGGAGGCUGUUGAUGAGACAUACCGGAAGGCUGGUCUCAAAGUACGACCCGGAAAUGAUUUUCAGUUGUAA